UCGAAAGGAAGCAAAUAAAAUCUCGCAGCAGAUCUGCUAUGACAGAUACUUUCGAAAGGACUUGGUCUCUCAGGCCGUACGCUUGACUGUUCGAAAGAAAAAGCAUCGCCAAUAGACACUCUCUUCAUUCCUGGUCGUAGAAAGUCAUCGCGGAAGAAAGAGAUGCUUGAAUUGAGAGAAGGCGCCUGCUUUCCACGGGUGUUGGUGGGUGUCAAUGUGGUUCUUGCUCUAGUUGAUGCCAUUAUUGCUGUUCUUGCAUUUUAUCAGUUGAUAAGGAUUCACUCAAGGAAUUCACAAGUUGUCUGGACUCGCCAAAAAGUGUUUCACUUAAUGAUUGGAUCUUCUAGUAUGGGUUACUUCAUUUAUUUUGUAUUAGCUCUCAUUGCUGCUUGCAAGGGUUGGCCAUGUUGGUCUAACUCUUGUGGUUUUAUCGUCAUGGCUUUCCCAAAAAUUCUAUUUUUUGCCGCGUUUCUUUUACUUUUAUCAUUCUGGGUUGACCUUUGCCAUCAAGCAAACGAUGAGGAUGAUGAAUAUGAAGAAAGCAGUUCUCAGGAAGCUUUAUUGGAUAAGACCUCAAAUAAACCAAGUUCAUCAAAAACAGAUGGUCAUAGAAAGCGUUUUCCCCUCCACUUUUUCAAUGUUGGAAGCCGCCAAAAGAUUGUGAUAUUGGUCACUGUUCUAGUUUUUGUUGUAAUGAUGGCAUGUGCUCUAAUAAUCUGGAUUGGGAUGGGAAAGAAUCAUAUUGAUUCUGCAGUUGUGGCUCGGGUGUAUGUAGACUUUUUUGCCAUAGCAAUACUUUUAUUAGGAGGAGCGUUAGCAUGUUAUGGACUUCUAUUAUGCUUGAAGAUUAGCAAAGUUAGAUCUGAGCAAGCUUCAUCUGAAAUGUGGAAGUUUGCAGGUGUAGCUGUUGUUUCUGUGCUCUGUUUCACUUCAAGUUCUUUUGUAGCUCUUUUAACUGAUAUUCCGAUGCUAUAUCACUGGUAUCGACAUCGCGUAAAUGUUGUUUGUGCAUCUCUUUUACUGAUUGUUUAUUUUUUUAUAGGAGAUAAAUCAGAGGCAAUGAUCUGUAGCUACUUUUGGAAAGAUUGUGAACCUUUACUUGUCUGCCUAAGAGGUUCAUCGAUACCCUCAGCCUUUAUAUUAUGGAUCAUGAGAGAAUUACCGCCAUCAGUAGUGGCUAACAUACGAGAAGCAAGUACAAUAGCUUUCAUUGCUGAUAGUUCACCUUCAGUGCAUCAUCCUUGGUGCUGGACAGCUGCAACACAGAAUCAGAUAUCAAGAGCCAGUCCCAUAUAAUUGACUUUCUGAAUGCAAAUGACUGCUCUCUUACUGAUAGAUUAGUGAAGAAGGCUGAGAUUUCUGAAUGGACAAUGGUGUGAAUGUGACACUGAGAUCAAGGGAUUAAAAUAGACUGCUGAGUUACAUCCUUCGAUGGCAUUCAGAGUACGACCUCAAGGUUGCUGAUUGCCGCGGUUUUGACAUUAUUGGCAUGUGUUUACCGACAGUAUGUUACUUGUCAAAUUGUAUAUAGUGACUGUAAUAGUAUCCUAAUAGAGGGAUUUUCUACCUCUCCAGUUACAAAAAAUUUUUAAAAGCUGAUUUUUCUAAUGAAGGAAUCCAUCUUCUUUGUUUGAUUUUCCUA